CCCACCCUCUCAUACACAACCACGAGCUUUAUCCUAAUUAAGCCAAAACACACAAAGACUGCACCUCCUAGCUCUACUGAUCCAUCAGCCAUGUUUCUCCAGCUGUUAGCUUUCUCCCCUCUUCUCCUUCUCCCUUUGCUUUUCUUCAUCCUCAAGCUUUCCGGCGACUCGAAAACCGCCAACAGCAAGCUCCCCAAAUCUUACCCAAUUAUAGGAUCCUUUCCUGCCAUUUACAAAAACCGUUCCAAUAGAUUCCCGUGGAUCACUGACCUUGUCAAAACCUCCCCCACAUCUACUAUUUCCAUGCACCAUUCUCCUGGCCACCGCAUAGUCAUCACUGCCAAUCCCGCCGUGGUCCAGCACAUCCUCAAGACAAAGUUCCAUAUAUACCAGAAGGGCAAGUCCUUCCGUACCACUCUCCAGGACCUCCUCGGUGACGGCAUUUUCAACGCCGAUGGUGACAACUGGAAGUUCCAAAGACAACUCUCCAGUCAUGAAUUCAAUACCAAAUCGCUGAGGAAGUUCGUUGAACAGGUAGUUGAUACCGAACUUUACGACAGACUAGUCCCUAUUUUAUCGAAAUCUUCUAGCAAUCGAACCGUUCUUGAUUUCCAAGACAUUCUCCAACGGUUUGCAUUUGACAACAUAUGUAAAAUCGGGUUCGGAUACGACCCCGAGUAUCUCCUUCCUUCUCUACCGCAAGCGAAAUUCGCUGUGGCAUUCGAUGAUGCGGUCCAGAUCAGUGGCGAGAGGUUAAAUUCUAUGCGUAUAGUGUGGAAGAUCAAGCGAGCUUUCGGGAUCGGAUCGGAAAGCCAUCUUCGUCGGGUGGUUUCCGAAGUCCGUCAAUUCGCGAAUACCAUAGUCAAACAAAAGAAGAGCGAAAUGGACGAGAUGAAGACUUCGGAGUCUCACGAUUUGCUGUCUCGAUUCUUGAGCUCUGGCCACUCUGAAGAGAAGUUUGUCACCGACAUCGUCAUCAGCUUCAUUCUCGCCGGAAGGGACACGACCUCGGCAGCACUGACAUGGUUCUUCUGGCUGAUAGCAAACCAUCCUAACGUUGAAGACGAAAUUCUCAAGGAGAUCAAUGAGAAAGUGGAGACCGGAGCCGGAUAUGACGAAGCCAAGGACAUGGUGUACACACACGCGGCACUGUGCGAGAGCAUGAGGCUGUAUCCGCCGGUUCCGACAGACGGCAAAGAGGCUGUAGAAGACGACGUUUUACCGGACGGCACUGAAGUGAAGAAAGGGACGACGGUGUCGUACCACGUUUACGCGAUGGGGCGGAUGGAGCAAAUAUGGGGUGAGGAUUGGGCGCAGUUCCGACCGGAGAGGUGGUUGGAGCAUGACAUGGCGGCGGACAAGUGGAAGUUCGUGGCGAAGGACUCGUUUAGCUACCCGGUGUUUCAGGCGGGGCCAAGGAUCUGUUUGGGGAAGGAGAUGGCGUUUUUGCAGAUGAAGAGAGUGGUGGGUGGCGUUUUGAAGAGGUUUAAGAUUGUGCCGGAGAAGAGGGAGAAUGGGAAGGAGCCAGAAUUCGUUGGGUACCUCACCGGAAAGAUGAAAGGUGGGUUUCCGGUGACUGUUGUGGAGAGGGCAUAAGUACGUAGUAGUCGACUAUCAAUAGUAGUGUGCCAUUGUGUGUAUGUGUGUUUUUGUUUUUGAUGAUGAGUGUCAGUGUGUGUUUACCUAUUCGAGACUAUAUAUAAUGCACUCUCCCCUUUGAACAAAAAAUGUAGAAUGUACUGUUGUACAGAUGCAUGCGAUAUCUUUAUUAACUUAUUGUACAAAUGUCUUUCAAUUUGGUGCUAUGUUAUUUCAAGCAUCAAGCUUAUUAGGAAUAGGAGGUCGUUACUU